CGUGUGGUUUGAUUUACGUCUGUCCUCGUGCGCGCUGCCUUUACUCUCAUCUUGAACUUAAUCCAUGCGCAUUCUUCACGUUUCCACAGAGCACGCAAGCUCCAGCGGGAAUCUCUGUUUUUGGUGCAACUUCAGUGUGACAGAAAGAUAGUCAUCAUGCCAGAGGCUAGAAGAGGAGAUGCCACAAUCAAGACUGCUGAGGAUCCUCAGAUAUGUACCGAGAAGGGCAAAGGAACAACAGCAGGGCAGAGAGAGAAGUGGGCCAACAAGACUGAGUUUCUGCUGUCCAUGGCUGGUGAAAUCAUUGGCCUGGGCAAUGUAUGGCGCUUUCCUUAUCUCUGCUACAAGAAUGGAGGAGGUGUGUUCUUCAUUCCUUACUUUGUCUUCCUCAUCUUCUGUGGCAUCCCUGUCUUUUUCCUGGAGACUGCAUUGGGUCAGUACACCAGUGAAGGAGGAAUCACAGCCUGGAGGAAGAUAUGUCCUAUGUUUGAAGGAAUUGGCAUUGCAUCUCAAGUUAUCGUCAUCUACCUGAACAUCUACUAUAUUGUGGUUCUUGCCUGGGCAGUCUUCUACCUCUUCAGCUGUUUCCAGACCACAUUGCCUUGGAUUUCCUGUGCCAAUGAAUGGAACACAGGAUUUUGUCACGUGUAUAACCAAAGCUCUGGCCUGCACAGGGCAGAUGCUGACUGGUCCUUCCUGUACAAUGAAACACACAAUGACAGCAUGUUCAGCCUCUCUGAACCAUACAAGGUUGUCUCUCCAGAGGAGGAAUUCUGGCUUUAUCGCGUGCAGAGGGUAUCCAGUGAUGAUUUCCUGGGUGCACCACACUAUGACCUGACAUUCUGUCUUUUGCUUGUCUGGAUUAUCUGUUACUUUUGUAUCUGGAAAGGAGUUAAGACUACAGGCAAAGUGGUCUACUUCACAGCCACGUUCCCAUAUGUCAUGCUGCUGAUUCUAUUUUUCCGAGGAAUCACUCUACCUGGCGCUGGACAAGGAAUCAGCUAUUAUCUGUACCCUGAUGUCUCCAAACUCGCCCAUGCUGAUGUCUGGCUUGACGCAGGGACACAAGUGUUUUUUUCCUAUGCUGUGUGUCAGGGUGUCCUCACCGCUUUGGGAAGCUAUAACAAAUACCACAAUGACUGCUACAAAGACUGCAUCACUCUCUGUGCCCUGAACAGUGGCACCAGCAUCUUUGCAGGCUUCGCUGUGUUCUCUAUCCUGGGCUACAUGUCUUAUGAGCUGUCUGUGCCUAUGAACGACAUAGUAAGCUCAGGUCCAGGCUUGGCGUUUAUAGCAUAUCCCAAAGCCCUGUCUCUCCUCCCAGGCCCUCAGUUCUGGUCUGUCCUUUUCUUCCUGAUGGUCCUCUUCCUCGGAUUAGACAGCCAGUUUGUGUGUGUGGAGAGUCUUGCUACAGCACUCACCGAUGUUUUCCCUGGAAUUCUGAGGAAACCAAAACGCAGAGAGAUUCUGGUGUUGCUCAUUGCCGUGGUCUGCUUCCUGUUAGGCCUUCCUCUGGUCACUCCGGGUGGGCUCCACCUCUUUAAGCUGAUCGACAUGUAUGGCCCCAGUGGAACAAAUCUGCUCUUCAUCGCCAUCUUUGAGACAGUUAUCAUUGCCUGGGUGUAUGGUGUGGACCGUUUUUUUGAUAACAUCGAGGACAUGAUCGGAUAUCAUCCCAUAUAUGUGCUGAAGUAUUGCUGGCUCUUCAUCACCCCAUUAAUCUGUGGAAUCACACUUUUGUAUGAUCUGAUCAGCAGUCCACCCCUCAGCGCUGUAACAGACUUCAUACCCAGAUGGGGUUCUGCAGUCGCUGCACUGCUCACUCUCACACCAAUGAUCUGCAUCCCCAUCUUCAUCGUGGUCGCUGCUAGCAGGGGUCGUGACAUGACCUCACCCUCUGCUGACCUGCAACAACGCAACCCAAACAAGCCUCGGCUAACGCUGUGUGAGUAUGUCAUCACUGAGGGAGAGAAGCUUUCUUACACAGAGGGAGAAAAAAGUGUUGAGGAAAAAGCCCUUAAGGAGGACACCACUGACAUGUAAGCUGAAGUAUGACCAUGCAAAGUGAAGUAUGACAUCGGCAGAGGGUUCUUGAUCACAUAUCUGGAUGGAUACAGAAACUAGAUAAUGAAACCUCAUAAAUGAGUUCACAAAUGCAAGAAACUGAUGCUGAUCAACAGCAUAAAAUUCUGGUCAGUUUUUCCCCUCUCUCUUUUUCUAUGAACAACACAAGCUCAUUUCAUAAAUAUAUCUUUUGGGUAAGGAUUGAUUAAAGGUGGACCUGAGAUUUCAGUGACCAGCACUGAUGACAUAGCUGUCCAUAAUACAGUUAAUCUGGUGUCAUAUUUUAUAUUUAAUCUCAUGGGACUCGUCAGUAUAUCAUCUUUAUCAAUUGUGACUGAGCCACAAUUGAGUGUAGUCAUUUUUAUAUGCCAUUUGUAUAGUUUUGUAAAACAGUGUGCUACAAUUAUCUAUAUCUAUUAUCUAACUACAGUGGUGCUUGAAAGUUUGUGAACCCUUUAGAAUUUUCU